CGGCUCGUGCCUCAGUCUCUUUGCGCCAAGUUUCCAAGGCAGUGCUCGCCAGGAAAAUAUGUCAGCUGCUGGUGAUGUCUUGUUUAUUUCGUUUUUGGAGUUCUCGUGCCAAAAUCUGCAGUUGUCGCGAAAAUGGACAUUUGUUUGUUGACGAAAACAGUGCUUGUUUAUAAUUUAUGCAGUGUGUUGAAGUGAUUCUCCGUGAAAAUGGGCGUGGGACUGCAGCCCUUGGAGUUUACUGACUGUUUGACGGAUAGCCCGUACUUCAGAGAAAACCUCCAUGCCCACGAAAAGGAGUUGGAGAAGACUAGUCAGCAGAUUAAGAGACUCAUCAAGGAAGUAAAGGAUUUACUCGGGGCGGCCAAGAACCUUUCCCGUGCUCAGCGUACCCUCUCAAAUAGUCUGAAGAAUUUCAGCUUUGAUUGCAUUGGAACUUCACAAACCGAUGAUGAAGUCGUUAUCUCUAAGUCUUUGGCCCAAUUCGGUCAGCUCAUUGCAUCUAUUGAAGAUGAACGAGACAGAAUGCUUGAACGAGCUUACGAUCAGAUUAUUGUGCCACUGGACCAGUUCCGAAAAGUUCACAUUGGAGGAGUUAAGGCUAGAAAGAAGAAGUUUGACAAACAGACAGCCAAGUUCUGUCAAAGUCAGGAGCGGUAUCUCAACCUAUCUACCAAAAAACAGGAUGCUGUUUUGCAGGAAGCUGAUGCCUCUUUGCAAUUGGAACAGCGAUACUUUUGCCAAGCUAGUCUUGAGUAUGUUUUUGUGCUUCAAGAAGCCCAGGAACGCAAAAAAUUUGAAUUUGUAGAAACACUGCUGAGUUUUAUGUUUAGCUGGCUCACAUUUUAUCAUCAAGGCCAUGAAGUUGCUGAAGAUUUUAAACCAUACAUGCGUGAACUUCAAAUUCGUAUUCAAAAGACUAGAGAAAAUUUUGAGGAAACAAGAGAUAAAACUGAGUCACUUAUGAAAAAAAUGCAAGAAAUGAGGCAAACAAAACCAGUUGAGGCUGGAGUAACAAACAAGACCUACACCCGAGAAGGGUAUCUGUUCAUGAUGGAAAAAAAGGCCUUUGGAACAACAUGGAGCAAACAGUAUUGCAUGUACCAGAGAGAUAAAAAGGAAUUUAUUAUGAUACCUUACAACCAGAUGACUGGGAAAUUUAAUUCCUCUGAAAAGAUGAAACUUGCUUCUUGUGUGCGCCGAAUGUCUGACUCUAUUGAAAAAAGGUUUUGCUUUGAUGUCACAUCAGUUGAUAGGCCUGGUGUGGUUUACACACUUCAGGCUCUCUCUGAAGAGGAUCGAAAGUUGUGGAUGGAUGUGAUGGAUGGCAAAGAGCCCGUAAGUGAAGAGCCUCUUCAUCCUAUGACCUACACGCAACCUGGAAAAGUAGUUAAGGAAAGAGUUGAGGAGAGAGCCUUAGAUGAAGUUGGAUUUAUGUUUGUAAACAAAUGUAUAGAAGCUCUUGACAGUCGAGGACUGGAAGAGCAAGGUCUUUACAGAGUCGUAGGAAUAACUUCCAAAGUUUCUAAGCUACUAUCCUUAGGGUUAGAUCGGCGAAAACUGGAAAAAUUGAAUCUUGAUGAUGCUUUUGAAUGGGAAAGUAAAACAAUCACCAGUGCUCUAAAAACGUACCUCCGAAAUCUCCCAGAACCUCUUACUACUUUCAGAUACCACAAUAGCUUUAUUGCUGCUGCAAAACAAGAGACACGGCAAAUGAGAGUUAAUGAUGUUCAUACCUUGAUGCAUCGGCUGCCACAGACCAAUUUUAAUAUGCUAGAUAUACUUAUUCAUCAUCUGACAAAUGUUGCCGCAAAGUCUGAUAAGAAUCUAAUGAGUGUCAGCAAUCUUGGUGUUUGCUUUGGACCUACUUUAUUACGCCCAGAGGAAGAGACUGUGGCUGCAAUAAUGGACAUUAAGUUCUGUAAUGUUGUUGUUGAAAUUCUUAUAGAAAAUUAUGAAAAGAUCUUUAAAACAGAACCUGAAAAUUUGGAUUCAAUCAACCCAGAUGUUCGAUUGGAUGUGAAGAACGAUGUUAGACCAGACACACGAAUGGAUCUGCGACCGGAAUCAAGGCCAGAAAUGCGGCCCGAUUCCAGACCAGAUACUCGAUCAUUUGUGAAGGCGGAGCCCACUUACAUAUCUACAACUCCACCUCAUUCAUUGACUCAUGGCUUGGUUAGAGGACCACAUCAUGUAUCACCUGUGCAACAUCAUGUGGGGCCGAAACUUCACUAUGAAAGUGCAAUGCGAGGUGAACUGAGUUCUUCACUAAGUUCCAGCAUGCACAAUGUAGCUAGUGGCACUCGGGAAGCAGAAUAUGUUAUUCACCGAUCGCACAUUGGAGUUGAUCACAUGAGUAGAGAGCAUGUUAUUCCAUCUCAGACAUCACCUCAGCAAGCUCAGCCUCAGCAGCCUCCAGCUCAGAGGCACAUGGUACGCCUUAUGGGACCAAGCAGUCGGGCUACAGCAUAUUCUGAGGGAAAUCUUCUGAGCCUGCAGCAGCAACAACAACAACAGCAGCAGCAGCAGCAGCAACAACAGCAACAGCAACAACAACAACAACAACAACAACAACAACAACAACAACAACAACAACAACAACAUCAAAUGCAGAAGGCGAAAGCUCAACCAUUCUAUGGAACACUAGUAAAUGCAAGCCGUGCUGAUGCUCUAAACAGUACCAGCAGUUCAAAUGAAUCAGUAUCAUCAUUAUCUUCAAGAGACAUAAAUGUUCACAAUACUUAUUCUGGUGUUACACCACAGAAAAGUAAACGAGGUGCUGUCGGUAAAAUGGAUUAUCACUUUGCCACAAGUUACCAUCCCCUUGAGGCAGUGAGGAGAGUUCGAACACUUUAUGCAUGCCUGGGUGAAAAUGAUGGAGAGCUUUCAUUUGAACCUAAUCAAAUUAUUACCAAUGUUCGAUCCUCUUUGGAGCCUGGAUGGUUGGAAGGAACCUUAAAUGGAAAAAGUGGCUUAGUCCCUGAGAACUAUGUUGAGGUGCUCCCAUGACCAAUGCAUAGCCCUAGAUUGGGAUUAGGGCCUCAAUCAGGGCCUUCAGUUGGGUUUCGCUCCGGAUCUGCUUCUUCUAGCCCUUCCGCAAGUCGCACAGCAUCUCCUAUGACAGCGCAAUGCAGUUUAAGUGUUUCAAGUGGUAGCUCUAGUGGUGCUGGUGCAGUUAGUCCUGUUAUCGGGUUGCGGAGUGCAUCUGCAGUUGCUGGACAACAAGGAGGUGGUAUUCCUUUGAGAAGCCCGAGUAGGACACUUACUGGACCUCUUUCUAAAAAGAGUGCUGGUGUCAUGAAGUCAGAGACUAUGGCUUAUGCAACUACUUCUAGCCGCACUGGUCAGGCAGGUCCUGGUCUCCUAAGUGGUGGAGGGUUCCGUAACACUGCUCCCUUUCCGAACUCAAGUGAACCAGCGCAAAGGAAGUCCCACCAUUAAAAUUGUGGGUCUACAACUCAAUAUUUUUUGACUUUUGGACAAUGCUCUGUGAAAAGAAUGCAGUUACAUGUGUUUCUUAAAGCUACUGUUGGUUUACAUUUUGUGUGUGUGGCUGCACUUAAUACUCUAUUGUCAAUUAUUUUUUGUGAAAUAAGUUGAAACUUUUGACUGUUUUAAGAUAGAUUUUUAUUGAUAUGACAAGAAAACGAUGACAUGCCUGUUAACAUGGCAGAAUUUGUCCUUUUGUAUCUAUUGUAAUUAAAUGGCAAUGUCAAUUUUUCAAUGCUCAUGGCCUUGUAGUCAAAACAACGUCAACGUCCAACAUCAACAUAUCAGGAUUAUUGAUAAUUGGUAUCUUGUCAUUGAAACCUAAGCAUCAGCUUGGGAUGACUGCAGUCAUGCUGUUCAAGUUUUUGAACAUUUCCACAAUUUGAUGUAUUAGCAUAAUAUGUAGCUUACUGUGACAGCCUACGUUAAGUGCAGCUACUUUUGAUUCUAGUCUCUAAUUAGAGCACUCUCCAGUAAUACUAAAAUCGCCUGUAACCAAUUCUGCUACUAACCAGGAUUGAGAGUUCCGAUCUUAAUAAGUCCAAAACAGAAAUGGGCCAAAGACAGCAUACAAAACUGAGCUCUUAUUAUACUAGUCCAUACUACUGUCAUUGAUAUGACGUUUAUUUUCAUUUGACUAUAAAGUAGACUUCUCAUUUAAUUUUAUUCAAAGACCAUUUUAAGUCCCAUUAAGUACUGUGUAUAAUGUGAAUAUACAAUUUGGAACCUUUUAACAUUUAAUCCAUGUAUAGGUAUUUGCCUGAUUAUUUUAAUCUUAAGUUUGACCAAAAGUACUCUUGUUCAUAUUUUGUAAAAAUCUGUGUCUAAACUGAAUCAAUUAAGACAUCAUGAAUGUAAUGUAUUUUCUCUAUUUUGUCACCACCGACACACUCCUUUUGUCAUGGUUCUUAACUGAAGUUGAACUUCAGUGGUUUUCAGACAUAGCAUAUAGCGUAUAACAUAAUUUAAGGAAUAGUAAAAAAAAAAAAUACUUCAUGCUUGAAAAAUUUCUAAUUGACAAUGAAGAAAACAUGUAGGGAAUUUCUUCUGCUGUUGUCUGCUUUAUUUUGUCCGUUUUAGAAACAGCCUAAAUCCCCACAAUAGUACAGAGUGUCCCAUUCAAGGUGUGAUUUUGUGUCACAUAUUUGAAUUUAUAUUGCUGAGCUAGGGAAUACUUGGCCGUGUUUCUGGCCUUACAGUCUCAAAUCGAAAACUCGCGUCGGAAAUCUCAGAAAGAUGAGCCAACCCCAGCCACUAGCCUAGCCACCGAAAGAAGACCACCGGUCGUGGACUUAAACUUGUGGUAGGAAAGUCUUGUCUUGAACGGGACACCCUGAAGUAUCUGGUCACUUGGCUCCUUGUCAAUUGUGUUGAGGAUGAACUAAGGCUCUUGUAUAGCAGAAAGAAUCAAUGUGCUAUCUGUGUUUCCUGGCAUUCAAAUUCUAAACAAAAAGUACUGUAGCAAUAAUUUCUUGCUUGUUUUAGAUGUCAGUUUUGCAUUACUGUGAAAUUUAAAAUUUUGGAUAAAGAUUCGUUCUUUGCGGUAUAUUUCUCUAUUUUCUAUAAUGUUUCUGCAAUCAUCAAACGCUUCAUCUUUCAUGUUGAAUUGAGCAUGUAGAUGUUUAGGCUUCUUUGGAUGUAGUCUAAAAAAAACUAUCAUAUCUAUUGGAAAUAAGAUAAAUUUAGAAUCUUGCAAAAUGAGAUGCUUCUCUAUUUUUUCCAAAUCUUUUAUCUGUAUCUGUGAGUGAAAAAGUGAUAUUCGACUCAUUGCUUGUAUUUGAAUAAGGCAAAAAUUGUUUGUGAAUUUUGAGCCUCUUGUAGUUGUUCAAGAAAACAAAUAUUUUAUUCUAUAUUUACUGGACAAUUUUAAGCAGUAUAGUUUAGUGUCUGUCUACUUUGGAACUAGAUUCAUAUCAUAUUUUGUUUGUAGUCAUUGGAAUUCUUUUUCUCUUAGUAUGGCAAGACUGAGUAAAAUGUGAUGGUUCAGUAGCAAAAUGUAAGUCAGCAUUUCAUUCCAUGUGAAAUAUUUUGUGAAUUUUUUCUCAGUACAAUAGAUUUUAGGAGAUAAAACAGGUAUGAACACAUUUUCUUAAUCAUAUCCACAAAAUCUGCCCCAUUUCAAAAAUGUGACUUAAUAGGAGUAAUUGCUUGAGACGUACUGAAGUAUACCUAUUCUGGUACGUACUUAUAACUUUUCUUACAUUUAGCUGAGAAUGAGUGUUUUGGAGUUAUUCUAAUGCUUUUUAUCACCUUAAAAUUCAGUGUCGUAAGGGUUAAUAUACUGGGAAAAUAGAUGUACUGCUCCAGAGAUCUUGUAAUCAGUAUUACGUUGCAGUGCUACAUACCUGCCUAGCUGCAAAAACGCUAGGUGAUAGAAUAUUUGUUUUUUUAAUACUCUGAGUCUAGGUUGUUUCCUGGCAAGCGUACUUUAUGAACUAUAUUUAUUAAUAAUUGGCUGAGUGCAGUCUGACAUGACAUCGGCUGCUUUGUUUUUAUUGUGAAACAUUGUUCUUUUAAUUAACUGAAUGAAAUAUAUGUUUAUGCCUCCACCCAUCACUUUGUGUUACUUCACUCUUUAUUUGUGGAGCUAUUUUUAUAUUUUGUGUGUUAAUUGAUGAAAUUUUAUUGCAUGUUGUGUUUGCAAUACUUGACAUUCCAAAUGAUAUAGGUAACUGAGUUGAGAGUCUAUUGAUUUCUCCUCUGUAUGUAAAUAUUUUCUUCCAUACCUUAAACUAAUUUUUUCAUUGAUAUUUAAAAACUAUGCCAUGAAUGUUUGUUAUCGUGAAUGUUAUUUUCUUUCUAGUUGUUCCUCUGCAUUCAAUCAUUUGCAAUGCAUGUUAGUUAUAUAUUGAUGUCACUUGUUGUAUUUAUAUUUACUGUCAUAUAUCAACCUAUAAAAGACAUGUACGUGCGUAUGUAUGUUCUGUGCAAUAUAUGACUGCGAAUUUCAAAAA